AUGGCAGGGCUACACCUUAAGGAAGUUCUAGUCUUCAUUGAUGAUAUCAUCGUGUUCUCAGCAACCUUGGAGGAACACGAGACACGGCUUAUGCACAUUGGACGGUCCGUAGCCAAGCUCCACGCUUCUAAUCCGGAGUUGGAGGAAAGGGGCCUGACCGGCGCUGAAGCUGCAACAACGCCAUCUGUGGGAAAACUCCUGCAAACCACCAGCAACAGUUCCUGUAGCUCUGAAACCAGAAACACAGCCACACAUCACACCACCUUCCACAUCGGAGCCAAGAGCGAGAGUGCCAAUCCCUAA